AUGUCGGACAGUUUGUUUCUUGGUUUUGACCUCUCAACUCAGCAGUUGAAGAUCAUUUCAACAUACUCGAAUUUGAAGCACCACAAGACUUAUAAGGUUGAUUUCGACGAAGCGUUCUCAAAAAAAUAUCACAUUAAGAAAGGUGUUCAAUCAGAAGAAAGUACUGGGGAGAUAUUUACACCUGUUCAGGUUUGGAUAGAGGCGGUUCAGCUUUGCUUUGACCGAAUGAAGGCGGACAAAUUUCCGUUCGAAAAGGUUAGAGCAUUGUCUGGAUCAUGUCAACAACAUGGUUCUGUUUAUUGGUCUCGGGAUGCUCCAAAGUUACUUUCAGAUCUUUGCCACUCCAAGAAAUCGAUGCUAGAAACGUUGUUUCCUGGUGCAUUUACCUUUAAAAUUGCUCCAAACUGGCAGGAUCAUUCCACCGCCAAGGAAAUUUCAUUAUUUGAGAGUGUUGCCGGCGGUGCAAAUAAUUUGAGCCAAAUUACAGGUUCUCGGGCACAUUAUCGGUUUACGGGUCCGCAAAUAAGGAAGAUGGCUGUUAGAAAGGAUCCAGAAUUGUAUAGAGAGACAUAUAGAAUUUCCCUUGUUUCGAGUUUUCUGAGCUCUCUUCUAUGCGGAAAGAUCGUUGCAUUAGAUGAAGCGGAUGCGUGUGGUAUGAAUCUUUAUGAUUUACAAAAGAAUGAUUAUGACGACAAACUUUUGUCAUUGGCCGCAGGAACAUGUCCAGAAGUUGAUGGAUGCGAUGAAAAAACUGCUUGCGAUGGUAUUUCGGAAUUGAGGAAGAAGUUGGGAAAAGUGCACCCUAUUGGAUACAAGUCAAUUGGUGUAGUGAGUAGAUAUUUUGUUUCAAAGUAUGGAUUUUCGCCUGAUUGUAAGGUGUAUUCGUUUACUGGGGACAAUUUAGCUACGAUAUUGGCUCUUCCAUUGGCUAAGAAUGAUUUACUUGUUUCAAUGGGUACCUCAACAACAGUUUUAUUAGUAACGGAUAAGUACAAGCCAAGUCCUAAUUAUCAUGUUUUCAAGCAUCCUACUAAUAAGGAUCAGUACAUGGGAAUGCUAUGCUAUUGCAAUGGAGCUCUUGCAAGAGAGCGUAUAAGAAAUGCGAUUAACAAUAAGUAUGGUGGAAAGAAAGGCGACUGGACUAAGUUUGAUGCCAUAUUAGACAAAUCGAAACCAAUGAACGGAAAACUUGAGGUGGGCAUUUACUUUCCUUUAGGUGAGAUCAUUCCGAAUGCCAAACCAUGUGAAAGAAGAUUUAGAUUCGACGCGAAUGAGAAUGCGUUGCUGGAAAUUUGUAAAGACAGUUUGCAGUGGACCAUCGAGGAAGAUGUUGCUGCAAUUAUUGAAUCACAAGCUCUCAGCUGCAGACUUAGGGUUGGACCAAUGAUUGCAAAUUCAGGGGGCACUGAUAAUGAGGAAUCACCAGAUAUUCAUAGCUCGGACUACAAGCUAAGUAAGAUGAUCAAAGGGAAGUGUGAAAAAGAUGUUUUGAAGAAGCUAACCGAUAGAUACGGUGAUAUAAAAUCGGAUGGAAGCUACCAACAUCCUUUGGCACUUGUCUCCAAGCCAAAUAAGGUUUUUUAUGUGGGAGGAUCUUCCCAAAACUUAUCUAUUGUGCGGAAAUAUUGCUCUAUCUUAGGGGCACAGGAAGGAAACUAUCGGAUCGAUUUAAGCGAUGCUUGUGCACUUGGUGGUUGCUAUAAGAGCUUGUGGUCGUAUUUAGUGGAGAAGCAUGGAAUUGACAAUAUUCACAACUAUGAUCACUGGCUUGCAAAAAACUACAAUUGGGACGAUUACGUCGAUCGGGUGGGCAAAUAUGAUGAUCUGUGGAACGAAUACGUGGAUGGUGUUGGAAUCUUGAGUGUUGCAGAACAGCGUCUAAAGCAGUAG